UUCCAGUGCGUGCAGCAUACCUCAAUAUUUGGGUAGAAAGUACGAGUUUUCACGUUCUGGAGUAUGUUGCAAUAGAAAGGCGUAGAGCAUUCAGUGUGUUAUCAUGCAGUACAACACGGUCUAGGCGGUGGGUGCUUGCUUUUAGUGCAGUUACAGUAUUUCGCAUAAAGUUCCGCGUAAACCCAAUUGUUUUCGUCGUGCAUUGUAGUGUGCGCGAUUUUUGGGCAGUUUAAAUUAUGUUCGAAUAACAUAGGAAACCCCGUGGCGUUGAGAAAAUCCGCACGCACUGGAUAUUUGAGUGAGAGUGAGUUAUUAAUCGUAAGCACAGCGCAUUGGCUAUGGCUAGUGCUAGAGAGAGAGUGAACACGCAACAGAAGCCGAAGCUUCGUGACACGCGAAACAUAUAUGCGGUGCGCAGCAUUUGCUGAUUCGCCUUUUGGAGGUUUGUCCAAUUAUUGUUGUGCAUCUAGUGGCCUGUUUCUUGGUUUGUUGUGCUCGUGGUGAUAAUCAACUGCAAGAAAGUGUAGUAGUAAUUUAAGAAAUGCUAAACGAUUCAGUGCUAACAUACAGUGCUCUAGUGAUCAUCUUGUAUGAAAUGAUUACCAGCGUAUAGAAUGCUGGUGAAAAGGUAGUUUCAUUCGCGCUCCUGGGAGAGUGUUUGUGUGUUGAUGUUGGGCUGGAAUGUGAAUAAUUAAUCCGUCGAAUAAAUCGUCACUGUGCGUGAAUGUCCGUCGCUUAAGUUGGCAGUAACAGUAGUUCUUCCAGUGGACUAACUAGCAACCACCAACAAAUCGUAAAUGUUUUGCGUGCCGGGAGCCGAGAGAGCCUAUUUACACGGUCCAUGUUUUGCAGGAUAACAGCAAAAGUAUAGUGGAAAGCUUCCAGCGACACAUCAAUGCCACGUGUAAGGUUUGUCUAUCCGGACCGGACCUGUAGCAGCAGCUGGAACCAGUUGCCGAUUUUCUGCAAUCAUUACUAAAAAGUACAAAUGUCUGCCAUCCGUCGUUGUGACGAUUGCCGUUACUUCCGCUACUGCCGUCGUCAGCCACAUGGCCAUAGCCAGUUUGCCAUCGUAUUGUAGCACACAUUCCAAACAGCACAGUUGAAGAAACGAAAUUCAUUGAUUGUCAUCAGUACGUUCAAAUUGUUUUAACAUAUUUGUUUGCAAACGCAAAGUGUUAGAUUUGUCGCAAGAAUCAUGGUCCUUGAUACGGUACGAAACGGCGAUGGCACGACGACAGUGGCGGCCUUGCGCGGGUCUUCAAAUACAGCGACCGGAGGACCGGUUCUAGUGAGACCCACCUCACUUCAGCCACCAGAAAAAGAGCCUGUGAACUUUCAGAUCAAUCUGAUCGGGGCCCCACCAGAGGUGGAACAGCUGAUAGAACACAUCAAAUCUGUCGCCGAGCAGUUUCUGUAUCAUUGGAAAACGUUCCCGAUCAACUUACCAACUCCUCUUUCAAGCAGUCCUGGUGGUGGUUUUGGUAAUGGUGGUAAUGCAGCUGCACCAGGCGGAGGACAGAGCGUAACCUCCCUAUCGGUAGCAGGAAGCGGUGGAGGAAGCAAUGCGAACAUACACAGCACAGUCGUGAGCAGCGUAAAUCGGAAGACUCGUCCAAUCAAUCUGCGCGAUUUAUUUAUCGCACCUCCGUUCGACGAGCUGGACGCAGUUGCUGCCGAUGGCACAGGGGAACCGCGUUUGCUGACCAAUGCCCAGUUGCGAUCAUUGCGUGAGCGUGGCUUGCAAAAGGACAAAUUUGGAAAACCGAAGAAAUUGAAUUGCGAACAAUUGGAAACGAUACAGUUCACUGGAGAGUUUGAGGUACCGAGUUUGAACUUUCCGGGACAAGUACAUCGCUGGCGAUUGUCACAGUUUCUGCAGAAAGGAUCCGAUAGGACAAGGGACUCGCUGCUGAGUGAUCUGGCACUAUCCGCUCGCUUCAUCGUUAUCACUGCCAAAGAACGCCUAACCGGUCACUUUUUCUCUGUUGCCCAUGCCUUUCGAGCACUGCUGCAGGGAUUGAUUAAGCUGGUGGACAUGAUUGUCGGUGUUCCUUCAUUGCUAGCGCAUAAUUUAGAUAACAAAAUUAAAGAAGAGCGUUGUCGGUUUUUGGUAGCAGAACUAGUUUGUAGGAACGAAUAUGAAGACUGCCUAGAUUCGCUAUGUAGCUAUGUGCGCCACCAACUACGCCGAGCCACCAUGGAAAAGUUCGACGUGAACUGCAACCAAGCGCAACCGAUUCCUUAUCUAUACGUGACACCCAAAGGACAGGACAUCGAUUUGCGUCUCUUCUCUAAGGACACAAUGCGUCGGGCUCUUCCGAUACUUGUUGGUAUUCUGGAGAAGGAAACACGCGGCUGGUUUUUACACUUUCGUGAAAGGUUGAUAGCCGAACUGCGUGAAAGAAAAAUGACGGACGCCGAAAUUGAGGAAGAAGUAAACGAUGCCGUAAUGAAGGAGUACCUGCAGCGCGUCUAUACAUCUAUCCUGUCCAAUGUCGAACUAGCCGAACUGGGGGAGAACAUACCACAGUUGCUCGUGCAGCAGGCACAAUCAGUGGUCAUCAUGCACAAAGCGGUAGACAAAAUACAGAAGGAGCUGAAAAAAUCACGUGAAGAAAUGGAGAAAACGUUACAGGAGCAGCAUCCCGUACUGUCCCGCGUCUAUCCGUGGCUGCGCGCUAAGCUGAACGCCGGAGAGCAGGCAAAGCUGUCGAAAAUUACCUGGGGAGCGCACGAGGAGGCACUGCGGGCUGCGCAGCGUCUCAAUCUGCACCAGACGGUAUAUUUUCUGAAUCGCGACCUAGCGUUCAUGAAAGAGCGGGAACCCGUCUUGCUGAAGGAAUUAAAAAAUGCGAAAACACCAACGCGUAACUUUCAGUGGGCUUGCCGUAUCUGGUCGCCUAAAUCAUGGAUUAUUCGGCGCAGUUUCCAAGGACAUUCGGAAGUAAUACCGACGGUCAUCUGCCAGCAGGCUACCUCGAUCGUUACACCACGCUCAGAUCCUAGUCAGCCCGUCUUCUUGGUCGAAAAGGAGCUGAUCCGUUCUACGAGUACACGUUGGCCGAUGUGGCGCUUGCUAAACCUGUUCCAACGCACCUGGACCUGGACCUGGAACAUAAUGUUCUUGCUCGGUGUCAUCGUGCCCUGGUGCAGUCCACUCGGUUUGCGUGCUCUGUUCUGUAAGAAACCAUUCAUGGCCGAUCUAGAGCUGUCGCAAGUGAAUGGCACACUUUUCCCGCGCAAAACCAGUAUCACGCAGACGAUGUUUUCGCGACUAAUGGAACUGUGGCGUCACAUCUCCAAAGCUCGGACACAUUUCGAGACGGAGCCGGACACAGGAUUCAUAGGAAAGGGCAUGACGCGCCAUUUGAACCGGUUGUACAACUACUUCGUGAAAGGAUUUCUGGGCACACUGGUCAUUUUGGUGCUGUUCCCUCUGCUAUGUUUCGCCGUCAGCGCAUCCAGUCUGGCACUAGCCGUCACAGCCCCGCUCUGGAUGCCAUUCAUUACGGUCACGUUGCAUCUUUACAUGAUGCUGAUCUACGAUCUUGACUGUCCGGACGAGAGCCGACGCAAUCGAUACUGUAUCUUCCUUGAAGCGGUUGGAUGGAACAUUGGCAUUCAGGGUUUGCUUCAACCGUUGGCAGCCGUGCUGGUAGCGUCUGUAAUUUGUCCGUUAAUAGCGGUGUUGGUAUUCUUCGUCGGUAUUGUACGGUACUGGGUGCGUCUAUUUUGGGAUGCCGCUACAUUCCAUUUGUUUAUCAAAAAGUGUGGGCGGGUGCCUGCUAGCGAUAGCUUUGCCGUCCGCCGGAUAGCAGGGCCUGGUUUAGCGCUGGAUUACUAUUUUUCGAUCAAACCAGAACAAGCGCUGGCAGCGUUCGAAGCCAAGAUGGAACUGGAUGAGCUACAGGCAUAUCAACACUCCAUGGAAACUAUCAUUUGCCAGCCGCAAAAGGACUUUAGCCAGUUUGUGGAAGCCUGUUUUGGACCGUUUUCAGCACAGCUUUCCAAAAGUGUUGGUCCAUACCGUCAGCUAGAGCGCGAAGGUCAAGAUCUGAUGACAUCGCUCCACGAGAAGCUAGAGAAGAGGCGGCGGGAUUUGCAAACGGGCCUAACGACUGCGGUAAAAUCGCGCAUCAAGCUGAACACGAUGGAACUAAAAAUUGUGAUUCAGCAGUCAGCAUAUAUGCUGGAAAAAUUCUACCCAUCGCACGUGAUUGCUCGCCUGUCCAUCAGCGAGGAAGAGUUCUGGGAUGCGAAGGGUCUGUCGGUGGGCGAUUGGGCUGGAUUGGCGGGUAUGCUGUACGCGGACAUAUUUAGCCUAGAUUUUUUGACCCCACUUUCCGAUACCGAUACACAAUUCAAGCUAGAACCACACGCACAGUUAGAUUUGCAUCGGUAUAACGAGAUGGUACAAAACACCAGCGAUAUAAUGGGCAUUAAUGGGCCGGAUCUGUUGGGUAAUGUGUAUGCUCCGCGUGGAAACAUUCAAGUCCAUUCGCCAUACUUGGAGGUGUCCGCGUUCAACCCACGAUCGCGCGUAAUGAUCAAUUCACGGCGAGCGGAAAAGCGCAACGAUACGACAUCAUCUGGGUUGACAACGCCACGAGUUCGAGCACGCCGCUCACCAAUGCCGUCGCCGAAACAGAAAACUCAAAGCUGGAAACCAUGGAAGCGAAAACAGCAACCGAAGCAUGCCGCCGACAAGAUGUUGAUUCCGUUGCCCAUUCCGCACCCCGUGCAUAUUGCCAUAUCAAUCUACAAUCGUGACUCGGACCAACCGAUCCCAAUCGAGUCGGAACUUUGCUGGGAGAUACUGCGCUCGAUCGAGGAGUGUCAGGGAGACCAAGAAGCGAUCGAGCGCUUCCGUGAACUGGGCGAUCGGAUCGACGGUCACCAUCACCAUCAUCAUUCGCAUCCGAACCGUUCGGUCGGUUUGAGUGUGGACGGGCUGGCCGCUAUCGAUAGCAGUAUCGAUUCUCUCGACUCCCAGAACUCAUCCAACUCGGGGACCAAGGAUAGCAUGGAUAUGAUAGCGGGUGCGACGGAAACGUUACCAUGCACUAACCGCGAGGUGACGAUCAUGAUGCCCUCUCAAGUGCUCGGAGUAGAUGACGAUGAUGACGUUAACGUGGAUGGCAAUGGUCGCGGGCGCAGUGACGGUGGUGCCGGCGAGAUGAAUCAACACGGCACCACCAAUACAACGGUGGUCAUCAUGCCAUCGGCAAACGGUUCCGGCAGCGUGACGACGGCAACCGUUGCUACCGGUGGUGCCGGUGCCGGCGGAGCGAUAACACCGUCAUCUGUCACCGCCGCCCCGACACACUUCCACUGGACCCUGCGCAAUUGGGGCGGUGGAAAUGGGGGGCAGUCGGGAGCGCAAGGCAAUCGUCGACGGAAUACUAGCUACACGUAUAGCAGUGCUACCACCACUAGUGGUGGCGCAGGCCAGUUGAAUAGUGGCAGCGCCACCAAUUCGGCCAACGAUAGUCAGCUGGACCAAAUCCGUGUCGAUCUAGCCAGUCCGGAAGACAUUUCGCUUGAUACCGAUAGUUCACGGGCGAUGUUUACUGCUGCGUAUGGUACAUCUGUUUGAACAAAAAAUUAUCUUUCCAGAGGUAAGGGAUCGAACAAAGUUUGAUUGGUUCAAUUAAAACACCUACCACCAUUUAUUUGUAGCGGUGUGAAGCAGUUUUAAACUAAGCAUCGUGUGCAAAGGUCGGAAAAUGAUUGGAAGCAAUGGCAACCCACACACACCCAAGUUGCACACACUCUAUUCAUUAUUCUUCUAAUUUCAAACGGCAUGGGCGGCAUGUAAAUUUUAAGGAAAUUUACGAAAAUGCAUAUUGUAUUUCCAAUUUUAACCUCCACCAACUAAGCUCUCUAAACGUAUACACUAAUUUGAUAGAUGAUAGCUGUUUCUGUACAGUCACUCUCAGUGCAUCGAUGAUAGCAAAGCGUUGUAGAUUAUGCUCUCUUAUUAUAUACGUUUUACGUGUGUCUAGUCGCAUUCAUGUACGUCUUCUUCUGAUUUUGUUAUGUUAUGAUUUGUUUACAUAAUUGCAAGUGAUGCUCUCUCCAACCCGGUUGCGUUUCCUAGUUCCGCUUGGUCGAUAUGCGCAGAACUCGAUUGUCCUUACCAUAACAGGAGCACAUCGUAUGGAAACGAUGAGCCCAUAACCACAAUGAUAGAAGAGUAUCAUGAUACAAUCUCGCUCACCGAACGAGACGGUAUACUGAUCCCAUUCUGGGGAACAAUGCUACAAACAAACUAAUGCUAAUACUUGAAAAGCUGCAGUUCGCCUGUAGGUGGGUGAAAUGGGGUGGGGUAUGUGAAAUAAGGGUGAUACAAAACAAGUGACUAAAAUAAUUUCGUUGAAUGUGGCAAACUUUGAAUCUUAUCGAGAAUUUAUCUGAUAUCGAAGAAGAAAAGCGGAGACAGGAAUAUAGAGAGAGAUAGAUUAUUGAAUAUAUUUUCGCCCUCUUUCCCUCGUUCCUUCUCUUUCGCUUAGUCUUUUUAAUCGUUAAUCGUACACAUAUACCAAUCUAAAAUACUUACUACCCUGUAGAAAGUCAACUAACACGGUGUAGCGUAUUAUUGCUAUGGAGUAUCGCAGAAUACAUUCAUUACGAUGUACAUUACUAACAACAGUACGUUCACAUAAGCCAGCAAAAAGAGGUAAAGAGAGAAGAAAAAAAACAGGAUCGAAAAGGAAGAGGUAGCAUAGUUUGGAAAACACCCAUUUUCAUGCCAAGAAAUCAGGAAUAAGAAAAAUCAAGCUAUCGUCAAACAUAUGGUAGUGGCAACAUUCACAACAUACAGUUGUGUUUAAACAAUUAAAUAACACAAUAACUUGCACCGCAUUGAUACGUUGAGCUCUUUAUCUCGCUAUCUAUUUUGAUCGAUUCCAAUUGUACCGGCCUCGAUUGGCUGGUUUAACAACAUUAAGCUAUAUUUUACAUAUUUUACUGGGUAACCGGCAAGCACAAUAGAAAAAAAUAGUGUAAGAUAAAUGUUUAGCGUUCGGAAUGAAGUAUUCCAACCAAAGGCAUCGUAAAUUCCCGUGAGUUACAUUCGUUUGUCUGUCCAUCAAAACUAAGGUUUACAAAUAAUCUCCUUAAUUUAACAGUAAUUCGUUUUUUGAAACCUAAUGUUUACAAGCGAUAUUCGUUCAGUGUUUUUAAGGCGUGUAUGGCAUCAUUUUGAUUGCUCGUGACUGGGAAGUUUACUUUUACAGUAAUGUUUUAUCGUCGUAUAUUUUCAUUCUUUAUUCCAAUCUUGUUGUGAUAUUCAGUUUGAAGUGUUUUUGGAUCAUUCCAUCGAGCAAACAGAUGAAAUCUUCCGCAGACUUUUUUGUUUUAAAAGAAUCCAUCUAACUAUUCAUAUUGUUGCAUUUCCCGCUACAAAUUAUUAUCAUUUGCAAACGCUGUCAGUCUCGAUCACUACUUAUACAUUUGAAAAAAGGACAUUGGAAUGUAAUUCGUAUACCGCAACCAGAAACCAUCUCCGCCGUUACUGAUAAUUCAGCAAAGUUUUUUUCGCAUUUAAGAAACCCCUAAGCAAACCAAAGAAGAAGACAAAACAAAACAAAAAACAUGACCAAGCUUAGUUCGUCUCAUUAUUUGUUGUACCUUUUUUUGUGCAGCUCUCUAUUCAAGAUUUUAAACUAUUUUUACCUGUUCGCAACAAUGUCGGCAAAUACAAUGUGUAAAACAGUCCGAUUCGUUGCUCUCGGAAGUUGGAUCUUUUUCCUUUGCACUCUUAUAGUCUGCUGAAUUGUGAAUAUCAAUUGAGCGAUGAGUUACUAAAUUAUUUAAUCCAGUAUAUUAUUUACAUUGGGCAAGCUAUCGUUUUAUUGUUGUGUAUUUUUAACAUUGUGUUGUUCUUAAUGAUUUUAAUUUCCCGAUAGUGUCAUGCUUUUUUUUUUUUUGAACGACAUUGCCGUUCAGUGUAUAUACAAAAUACAUGCAUACAUAGAGGUGCUCGAUUUUAUACGAGUAUAAGAUACCGAUCAUCAACCUAUCAGAAAGCUGUAAUCUUUUACACCAAGUUGAAUUAAUCUAAA